UCCGACGCGGGGGCGCUGCCCAUCGGUGACGGCGCAGUGAGCUGACGUGUUGUUGCAGGCCGCAGCAGGACAUUUCGGAAGGGAAUUUUGAAGUUGUCGGGUUAGCUGAGAGCUUAAAAGCUGGUGUAGGUGCGUAGUUGCGUGAACGAAGGGACGAGGCAGCAUGCCGAAAAACUGUUCGGCGCCGCUGUGUCCGUCAACACAGAGGACAAGCGUCGGUGUGACCUACCACGAGCUCCCGUCAAACAAAACUGUUCGUGAUGCCUGGCUUGCUGCAUUAUCACGGGAACAGAGUGGGUGCCAGCGUCUCGGUCUACAAUUUGUUCCCUUCACUUUAAAGAAAGUGACUUCAAGACUGGCGUGAAGAAGCGCAUCUUACUGCCGACGGCGGUUCCAUCGGUGUUUCCGGCGUAUCCCGCUCACAAGCAGCCGGUAGAGCCUGCAACGAAGCGAAGGACGCUCGUGCGCCAGGAACCACAUGAGCGCAACGAAACCUCCACGGCGGUGUCGACAACCGACGUUAAUGACGACUGGGCCUCCUGCGUUACUGUCGAAUGGGACCCUAUCCCUCCAGCUGCAAAUACAGACGCUGGGACGCAGACAACGUUUGACAUGCAGGGCUUCCUGAAAGACACAGACCGGACGCUACAUCGCAUGAAAGUGCAAUUCAGCAGGCAGAACGAGAGACUGCGCGCGAUGCAAGCUGAAAGAGAUGAUGCACUUCGAAAAGCAGCACUGUAUGAAAGCGACAAGCGCAUCCAUGCGUUCAUCGAACUGUUGGAAUCUGAAGACGACAAAACUGCAAUGUUCAUUGUGCAACAAGUGGAAAACUUCGGCAAAAGGCAACCCGCUUGGAACGAAAAAAUCAUUCGCGAGUGUGUCCUUUGGAAGGCAUGUUCACCGAAGGGUUACCAACUUGUGAAAGAUCGAGAACUUCUGAAGCUACCAUCGAGGUCCACGUUGCAGAAAUUCGUUGGACCUGCAUGCGGCGAAGCAGGGGUAACACCAUUGAUCAUUCAGCGUCUGAAAGUAGAAAUGGAAGACCUGAAGGGUGAUCAUGGUGUCUACUGCUCCUUGGUGCUUGACGAAAUGUCUAUCCAAGAGAGGGUCAUCUAUGACAAGCACCUGACAAGAUCUUCGGUUUUGUUGAAGAUGGGAAGGAUGGACAGGAACCUCGGCAACCUCAAGUGGCGAACCGAUUGCUUUGUUUUGUCCUCAGAGGACUCGCAAGAUCCUAUGUCAUUCCGGUAGGCUAUUUUUUCACAAAAUGCCUGAAGCACGACCAGCUACUCCACAUUGUAUUAGAUGUGAUGAAGGCCGUUGAAGACACCGGAUUUCGCAUUGUUCGUGUUGUGGCCGAUAACCACAAGACGAACGUUGCACUUUUCAAGCAUCUGGCUGGCGGGGAACUCCAUCACGUAACUGCACAUCCACUGCGACAAGUUGAUCCCCUGUUCCUGUCAUUCGACCCAAAUCAUCUCAUCAAGAACCUGCGAACCUGUCUCCUGGAAAGAGAAAUGACAGAUGGCAGAGAAUUACUCCAGGGAGGCUUGUACCUACGUGAACUUCUUAAGCUGCAGAAGGAUCUACUAAUUAAGUCAGUUAGAUGCCUCAGCAGAGCACAUGUUGCUCCCACUAAUCUGGAGAAGAUGAAAGUGAAGAGAGCAGUAGCCGUGUUCUCACAACCUGUGAUAACAGCCCUGGAGUUCCUGAAAAACAACCCACGUUCUCAUGCCAAAGCACACUUGUUUAAGGAUUGCGAGGCAACAGUUAGGUUCAUGACAAUCAUCAACCGUUGGUAUAAACUGCAUGAUAUAGGACAUCGACAUGCACAAGAGUAUGACAGAAAGCCUUUCACAAGCACUGAAGAUGGAAGGUUGGUCUGGCUGGAUGUCAGUUUCCAGCAGUACUUCAGCGACAUGAAAGCGGCCUGUGCACAUUCGCAGCGUCAGUUUCUCGCCCGGGAAACGUUCUCUGCAACCGUGAUGACAACUCGAUCGACCACAGCUGUCAUCGAAUACCUGCUGGAAGACUUAAAGUUCGACUACGUCCUGACCUAAGCAUUCAACAGUGACCCGAUAGAAUCACUGUUCAGCUGCUUUCGACAGUUCAACGGGGGCAACGAUAAAGUGGAUGCAUGGUCUGCAGUUCUGACUGCAGAGAAACUUCUGAAGGUGGGGAUACUGCAGGCCGCCAAGGAAGGAAAUUCACCCGCCCACUAUGAAUGCCGCCUGCCCCUAACACCUGCUCGUCACGCUGGGACUGCUGCGGACAACAUUGUUCUAAGUCAGGAAGCUGUCUCUCACCUUCAGGGACUUCAGUCUAUUCCACUGUCAUGUGAGCUCCCCGGAACUGUGGAAUAUGCAUCAUACGCUUACAUGUGCGGGUAUAUUCUUCGUGUGUGUCAAAAUAAGGUUUCCUGUGACAAUUGCAAAAGCAUGCUUUCGGGCACAACACCGUCUCGGUGCGGCGUGUACGGGCUCAUACACGGCCUCGACAAUGGUGGCCUGAUUUAUCCGAGGCCCGAAAAUGUGAUGGUGUGCAAGAUUAUUUGUGACUUUGUGGUUGCCGUGCUGAAGGACUCACAAGUACGCAAACAUGGAAGCCUGGGUCUCCUGCUUCUGAGCAUGUUGCAAGAACCCCUUCAGAAAUGUCCUGUGAUGUGCUGCUCCGAACAAGCAAAAUAUGAUGCCUCUCAUAAUUAGCAGCUCUGCAAAAUGUUUCUCCACAAGCUCAUCAGACCAGUCCUGUCGAAUUGGUGCGGAAACCUGAAUGAGAGUGUUCAGCGUGUUGUCAGGCUCCUGCACAAGCCUCUGUCAAGAAAGGUCUUAAGAAUAUAGAUGAAAUGCCCAGCAUGAUGUAAUGUUAGCGUGUAGUGAUGCGUUUGUCCCUGAUUUGUAAAUUCCCCAGGUUCUGUAAAUAAAAAGAAAAUAAUAAAGUGAGUCAAACAAACA